UCAGAACAGUCACAUGGGAAGGUUACGAUCGUUUAAAUAUGGCUGCUGUUAGAGGAUGUCAAUGUAUUGUGCAGCCGGAGUACAUUGUUACAGCUGUGUCACCGCUUAUUUAUGGUAUAUAGAUGUCCGGUUAUAAAUAGGUUUGCAUCAGCAGCGGUCAUCGACAGAUGCAUCAGAUUUAUGGCAGGUAAGAGAGCAUCAGGCUGGAGAGCAUCGGAUUCAAGCUCAUGUACAGUGUAUCAGAUCGUGAUUUGGCUGAGCGCUUGAGGAACCAGUCCUGCUGCAUUGACAGAUUUGAUUUGUGCUUUCAGAUCUAUAUAAUAACAACAGUGAUCUGUCUAUGAGAGAUGAGUAUUAUGUCUUCAUUGGUGGAGGUACUGAGCAUCGUAUUAGGUACUGUUGGAUAUUUCUGCUGAUAUCUGUUCAGAUACUGCGAGAACAUGAUUGGCUCACCAGAUUUGGUGGCUUUUACCAAAGAAGACGACUUUGGGGAUUCGUUCUCAGAUCCAUGGUCGCUUCCAGAGGAGUUUACUGUGCCCUUGUUUACCCAUGCUGCCAAUGCAAAUCCCUGGACGAAGACAUCCUAUGCUAAAUUCUCUAAAGAUUUCAUACUCAUCUCUGAGUUUUCAGAGCAGGUGGGUCCACAGCCAUUACUCACUAUUCCCAAUGAUCCCAAAGUGUGUGGGACAUUUGACCUUAACUACUUCUCCCUCCGCAUUAUGUCUGUGGACUACCAGGCUUCUUUUGUUGGACACCCUCCUGGUAGCAACUACCCGAAGCUCAAUUUUGUGGAGGACUCAAAAGUCGUCCUUGGUGAUUCCAAGGAAGGUGCGUUCGCCUACGUCCAUCAUCUGACCCUGUAUGAUUUAGAGGCCCGUGGGUUCGUACGCCCCUUUUGCAUGGCCUACAUUUCAGCAGAUGAGAGGAAGAUCAUGCAGCAGUUCCAAGAGCUAUCAUCGGAAUUCUCCAAGGCUUCAGAGUGUCUCAAAUCAGGAAACAGGAAGGCUUUUGCGAACGAACUGGUGAAGAAACUGAAAGACUUGGAGUACACCAGAUCGGUGCUGCACAAAGAGACCGAGCUGCAGAAAAUGAACAAUGGAUGUUAUUCCACACAAGCCAUUGAGAAGGCGAAUGAACUGGCGAAUGUGGAGAAGUCCAUCUAUGAGCAUAAAGAUCUGCUGGGGCAAAUCACAUCUUACCCUUCUAGGAAAAAGAAAGACAUGGAUUUUGUGCAAUGUGAGGUGGAGAAACCAGCAGACAUGAGUGUAUUCGAUGAUGGUGAUACACUUAAUAGUAAUCGUCUCGAAAACGCAGAUAAGACUGUGGAGGCAGAAAGUGAUAGGCCUUCUAGAAAGUCUUCAUACACCCCUCAGCUUAUUAAGGCUAAAUCUGCAAAGUGCUUUGAUAAACGUUUGAAAACGCUCGAAGAGCUCUGCGAUACACAUUUUUUCCAACAAACUCUAGAGCAACUAAACUUAAUUGAGAAGUCAUUCCGAGGAGAUCUCUGCUUGAUUUACACUAGCCAGAUUGACGGAGCUCUUCUGAACAAACAGAGAGUGACUAGUUUUCUCUUUGAAUCAGAACGAGGUUGGGAUGAAGAAGGACUCCCAAAAAGUUUCAAUACAAGUACAAACAACCCUCCAGUCCCAAUUCUGAACUUAUCUGGCAAGCCACUCAGUCUUGUUUCCUACAUCACCUGUGAUGACAUGGAUCAUAUGAAGCCGGGUGUGGAAAUAAUGGAAGGGCCUCCCGAGUCUAGUACAUCUGACAUCACGCAAGAAACCUCUGAGGCGGCUGAUACAGAGACCAAAGGGAGUUUUAGUAGCGACAAGAGCAUUGAGGCGCUUGUAGGUGUGAGUCCUUCCAGUCUGCAGCCAAAUUACUUUGAAGGCCUUGAACGAAAGAGUAAGGUGUCCAUUGCUGCUUCAUCUGAGGACCAAAACGUGACUAGCUCUGUUGCAGUUCCACAUGGGACAUCAGAUGGGAGUUCUUCAGAGGUGUUUGGAACUAAAAAUCUCAUCCCAAUGGACACGGCAUGCUGUAUUGGGCAGGAGGGUUUUAUUUACGAGGAACCGUUGCCAGAGCUUGCACAGGAAUGUUGUGGGGACACAGUGGUGAACCAAGAACCCUUGUCCCUUCUUCAAGGAGAUUCUACUUUACAGAUGGACUACAUCCUAGAAGAGUCAGCCCCCAAUAUGGGAUUGCAUUUUUCUGAGCUAAACACUAGUGCUCUCUCCGAAGAGGUAGCAAGAAUUACCAUUGAAGAUGCCUCCGAUUCUACCAGUUAUAUGAGUGCCUCCACCAGUUCUGAUAGAGCAGCUUCUCCGUUCACCUACGGCAGUGUGUUAACGAUGAAGCAGAAGAAGAAGGCUGGUCAUAGUACUCUAAGAUUCAUCAGGCAAUAUCCAUUCGCUCAGCAAGCCAUUUUUUGCCUUCUGAGCGGCCGAACACUAAUCAUUCUUGGGGUGGAUGAGGGCACAGUGAGGAAGCUGGUCAAUGCUUUGUUCAUUUUUGUGCCCAACCUGGGCAAGUAUGGCGAAACUGUCCAGCCGUGGCUGUCAACGCCAUUUCAGCUUACUGACCUGCAGAGAUGGAAACUCAUUGGAUUGCAGAGAGCUGCCUCCCCUGCGGGAUCCAGCAUACUCCACUCUUUGAAUCGAUACAGCCGUUACAUAAGCAUUUUGGAUUGUGACAACAAGACCCUGCAAUGUCCAUCAUACAAAGGAAUGCUAAUGAGCCAUAUGGCAGACCACAGGACUCAAAUUAAGCGUGGCAGCACCUACUUCCUCCAUGUUCAGUGUAUGUUGACUCAGCUCACAGCCAAGGCCUUCCUUUACACGUUCUGUCACCACAUUCACCUUCCCAUGGACAUCAACGACCAGGGCUCGGUCACGUCGCGGAGGACUAAUUUCUUGUCACAGCUCGGUUACACUGUGGAAGAGAGUAAAAUCGUCCAGUACCUGAGUGAGCUUAUCAAGCAACAUUACAUUCAGGGGCCCUUGAAGGGGGUCAACCAAUCAUUCUUCUUUUUUAACUACACCACCAGCUAUUUGUACAAAAUCUGAAUGUGUCCAUUUGAUUUACAGUGUCUGUUUCAUGUUCAAGAAAUAGUUCACCCAAAAAUCAAAAAUAAAUCUGUAAUUAUUUACUCACCCUAAUGUCACCUCAAACCUGUACGACUUAGUUUAUUCUGUGGAACACAAAAUGAUUUUUUAUUUAUUUUUAUAAGUCUUUCUUUAUAGGGUUUACUUUCCAUAUGAUAAGUUAAUAGUGACUCUGGUCUGUCAAGCUCGAAAAAAAAAAAAAAAAAACACACCAUAAAACCACAGUAGAUAUGACUCCUGCAGAAUAUUCCAAGUGUUCUGAAGCCAAUAUUAUAAUUUUGUUUAUUUUGUUUUUUUUUUUCUCCCCAAUUUGGAAUGCCCAAUUCGCAAUGCGCUCUAAGUCCUUGUGGUGGCAUAGUGACUCGCCUCAAUCCGGUUGGCGGAGGAUGAAUCUCAGUUGCCUCUGUCAAUCCGCAUAUCUUAUCACUUACUCACGUUGUUGAGUGCUUUGCUGCGGCAACAUAGUGCGUGUGGAGGUUUCACGCUAUUCUCAGUGACAUCCACACACAAUUCACCAAGUGCCCCACCGAGAGCGAGAACCACACAUUAUAGCGACCAUGAGGAGGUUACCCCAUGUGACUCUACCCUCCCUUGGGACCGGGCCAAUUUGGUUGCUUAGUUGACCUGACUGGAGUCACUCAGCCUGCCCUGGAUUUGAACUCGUGACUCCAGGGGUGAAAGUCAGCGUCUUUACUUGCUGAGCUACCCACGCCCCCAACAUGAUAAUUUUUUUGUAAUUAACUAAAUUUAAGUUGUUAUUCACUCUCAAAUCAUAUUAAUAAAGCACUAAAAUCAAAUAAGGCUGCUACGCCGAUAAAUAGUUAAAACCUUGUUAGUUCCCAAUAUGUCUCGUGACCAAACGUGCAACAUCACAACAUGCCGUUCGGUCACAAGAUGCAAUUAGAACUAGUGAGGUGAAUUUAUGGUCCUUUCUCGAGCUUGACAAACCGGAGUCAUCAUUCACUUACAGUUUGAUGAGUGAACCCCUUGAAGACGUUUUUAAAAAUGUAUCCUUUGAUUUCCAUAUAAGACAAAAAGUAAUACAAGUUUGGAGUGACAUUAGGGUGUGUGAAUAAUGUCUGUUUUCAUUUUUGGGAGAAAAGUUCCUCUUAUUAUGACUCUAAUUCCCAUGAACCUGGGCUAAAAUCAGGAGACCAGAUGUAUUGAAUGUAAUUUUCAUUUGCUUUUUUUAUGUGUGUGAAUAUUCCCAUGCCAUUCUGAGAAGCGGAGGGUUGAACGUCCGGCGUUACUAAUUUGGUCUUGAUUAUUUGUUUAGUGUAGUGGUUACACAUUUAAAGUUAUUGCCAAAUGGACGUGGUCAGCUCUUUUUUUAAAUAACAAAUGCAAGCACAAGUCAUACAUAGUUGAAAUGAGGGCAUACAAAACAUUUUGUUUUGCAUUUAAACAAUGAGAUGCAAACUCCCCCAUAUAAUGAAAGUGAAUGGUGACUGAGGCUAACAUUCUGAUGAACAUUUCCUCUUUAAAGGCUUGUUUUCAUGACACAAUUGGCCUAUUUUCUAUUUACAUGCAUAGACACAACAGCAGGAGGAGAGUCCCAUCAUGAUUUCAUUAAUCUGAUCCUGGUAGCCUGUUUAAAUAUUAACAUUGCUCUUCUUAUGCCUUCAUAAGAGAUGCAAUGUUGCUGCAUGAAAAUCACAAGCAUAUUUUGUAAAACAUGUUCUCCUCAAUAUGCUGUCAUUUACAUUGCCCAACAGCCUUUAUGAAACUGUGCCAUUAGAAUUAGGUCGUUUUCUAUGUGUUGAAAUGGUCAACAAUUUAAUGUUAAUUGAUGAAUUGGUCAAUGAUGUUGGCCUUUUUAUACUUUCAUUUGUGGCUUGUGAAGUAAUUAAACUAAAUUAUUACUAUAGGGAAAACCUGCAAAUCAUCCUAAUCUUUCUUCUUUUUCGGUCCUUUCUACUGGAAAUUUAUGUCUGAUGUAAGAAAGUCAAAGAUGAAUUUGAUAAAAACAAAGGCCGUGGUUAAUUGUAUGAAUAACAGUUCACAAGAGAUUGAGAUUUUAAACAAAAAUGAGUUUUCAACUGCCCUGUGUUUCAAUGUAAUUAUGUGGUAAGGUGAAAGAAUGUACUGCAUGUAAAAUGUUAUGUCGUGGAGAUCUGUUACACAACCAUCUGCAUGUUUGAAGAGCACGAAACUUUAAUGGAGGCAAAAAUCUGGUGCCAUUUAUAGACACUUCCAUUGUAUUUCAUGUGUUGUAUCAUUCUGCUUUUCUAGAUAUUUAAAAGUGAUAUAAAUUGUUGUGUCUGAGUUGUGUGCAAGCAAUGUCAGCAUGAGUGUUUGUAUGGAUGGAUUAGCACUUCAUUCUAAUGGCUGUUGCAGUGAUUGUGAAACAAAUGACUCACAAAUGGUGGCUGUUGCCAAAGAACAUUGCCUGGAAUUGUUAUUCCCACUACUGCAUGAUCGCAGUUGCAAUCCAAAAUUACAGCUCUUCUGACUGCCACCAGUGUUUCAUCGGAAGUGUGUCUUAAAAUCCUGCUGCUUUAGUUACCCAGUAAUUAUUGGCCUUUGUAACGAUUCGUCAGUGAGAUAACUGCAUUUUAAUGCGUGGUCUGUUGAAUGUAAAUUGAGAAAAAGCCAUACCGAAAUAUGCACAUUAUCUUCUAAGGUUAUUUUCCCCCCCGCUGUUUUAACACAUUUUAUUUGCUGUGUUUGUCCAAAUCAUACACUUUUGUUGCUACUUAACACAAAUCUAUUCUAAGACAGUAUUGUGAGCUUGUAUGGAAGUAAGGUGAGAUGUAAUCUUUAUUCUAAAAUAUUUCUGAAUGUUGAGUCAAGUCAAUUUUGAGGUUCAUCUGUGCUUUGAGUUGCUGCCCACUGUGAAAUCACUCUACCAUCAGUUUCAUUAAAUUAUUUGAUUUAA